UCAGUGGGCUGCGAGUCAAGUUCCGACCUGUCCCUGCUGGAGUACCUGCGCGUGCGCUGCGAGCUGCGCGGCACCAAGUACAUGUGCCGAGAGGGCGGCUGCGGCGCAUGCGUCGUCGCUGCUGCCAGGCCUGGAGAAAAACUAGGCGCUGUUAACGCCUGUCUAGUGUCAGUGACAUCAUGUCAUGGUUGGGAGAUUACAACGAUAGAGGGUAUUGGUAACCGGCUACAAGGCUACCACCCGCUGCAGAAGACCCUCGCGAAGCUCAACGGCACCCAGUGCGGGUACUGCUCGCCUGGAUGGAUCAUGGCUAUGUACAGCCUCUUGCAAAGUAACAAGAACUUUACCAUGUUGGAGAUAGAAAAGUCAUUCGGAAGUAACAUCUGCCGCUGCACCGGUUAUCGGCCCAUCUUGGAAGCCUUCAAGAAGUUUGCCAGCGACGCGCCAAAGUCGGACGAUUUAUUGGACAUAGAAGAUCUCCAUAUUUGCAAAAAAAAUACACACACAUGCCGAAAAACUUGCAAAGAAAGCGACUGGUGUUUAGUAGAGGCCCCUGAUCCUAAUGAACCUCAAAAUAUAGUAGUGGAGUUAAAAGAUGAAAAGUUUUUCUACAAGGUAUAUCGAGUGAAUGAUAUUUUUGAAGUGCUAAAUCAGAAAGGAGAUGAUGACUACAUGUUAGUAGCAGGAAAUACAGCUAAAGGAGUCAUCCCUAUUGAAAAAUAUCCCCGAGUCAUUAUUGAUAUAAGCAACAUUGAUGAAUUAAAAGGGUACCAUCUCGACCAGAAUUUAAUUUUAGGUGCAGGUUCAACUCUGAAUGAAACUAUUAAUAUGUUCAUGAGCGUAGCCUCUACGGAAGAUAAUUUCUGGUAUCUUCAAAAGUUGCAAGAACAUUUGCAAUUGGUAGCUCAUAUUCCUGUCAGAAAUGUGGGGACAAUUGCUGGCAACCUUAUGAUCAAACACCAGCAUAAUGAGUUCCAAUCCGAUGUUUUUCUUCUGUUGGAGACCGUUGGUGCAUACAUCACUAUUAUGGACAUCAAGAAACAAGGAAAAAAGUUAACCUUACAAGAUUUCCUCAAAGUGGACAUGCGAAGUAAAAUAAUUUCAAACGUUUUGUUUCCUCCUUUGGGUCGGGACUACAAAUUUGAGUCGUUCAAGGUUAUGCCCCGUGCUCAAUCUGCACACGCCAUCGUCAACGCUGGCUUCUUGUACAAACUAAAUUCCUCCAACACAGUAAAAGAGGCUAGAAUUGUGUACGGCGCCCUAAACCCAAGCUUCGUGCACGCUUCUAAGACAGAGGAAUUCUUAAAAGGCAAGAACCUGUAUACAAAUAAAACUUUACAAGAAGCUAUCGAGGUUUUGACGAGCGAGGUGGUUGUGGAAGAAAAUCCUCCCCAAGCUUCAGCUAACUACAGAAAAAAUAUCGCUGUUAAUUUAUUUUAUAAAGGUCUUCUCUCUCUAUGUCCCGAAAACGAGAUGGACUCAUAUUUUGCAUCAGGCGGGACAGUCCUGAGCCGAAUGCGCCCUGUCUCUCGUGCGAAACAGGAAUUCACCACCAACACCCUAAUGUAUCCGAUCAGCCAGCCAGUUGAAAAAGUUGAAGCGCUGAUCCAAUGCGCAGGUGAGGCUCCGUAUUCCGAGGAUUUGCCGAGAAUGCCGUCCGAGGUGUUCGGCGCUUUCGUGCUCGCAACCAUUCCGCUCGGCGACAUUGACAACAUCGACCCCAGCGAGGCCCUCAAACAUUCUGGCGUUAUCGCUUUUUACUCUGCCAAAGAUAUUCCGGGAGUAAACUCUUUUACUCCUGGCCUCAGCAAUCUUAUCUACCAAGAAAAAGAAGAAGUAUUCUGUUCUGGUUCCGUCAAAUAUCAUGGUCAAGUUAUUGGACUAGUUGUGGCUGCUUCUAGAGCUAUUGCAGAAUACGCUACCAAAUUGGUGAAUGUUAAAUAUAGCAAUGUGAAAAAACCUGUCAUUGAUGUAAGAGAAGCUAUAAAGAGUCCUGAUAGAAAUAAAAUGGUUUAUGAGCAGGCCGGGGCAAAUAUGGAUACAGAUCUCUUCAAAGUUAUAAAGGGAACGCAGACGAUUUUUGCGCAGCAGCACUUUUGUAUGGAGACACUGGUUAGUGUCGUGAAGCCAACGGAGGAAGGUCUGGAGGUGCACUGUACUACGCAGCACAUGGAUCUAGUGCAGAUGAUGAUAUCCCGAGCUCUUCUAAUACCGGAAAAUAAGAUAGAUGUAAUCGUCCGCCGCCUAGGAGGAGCGUACGGCCUGAAGAUCUCCCGCGGCUCGCAGGUGGCAGUGGCAAGCGCGCUGGUGGCGCACAAGCUGAACCGGCCCUGCCGCAUCAUACUGCCGUUUACCACCCUCGCCAAGGCCGUGGGCAAGCGGCUGCCUUGCCACACUGAAUAUGAGAUCACAGUCGAUCCGUACGGAAAAAUUCAACUUUGCAAAGAAUACAUGCACAUGGACAAUGGAUAUGUCAUCGACGAGCCUCUAUUCGCCCCCGUGUUGGACGUGUACAACAACUGCUACGACAAGCUACGCUGGAUGUUCAGGGUUUUUAGUGUUACCACGGAUACAGCCAGUAACACUUGGUGCCGAUCACCAGGAACACUUGAAGCUAUUGCUGCUUGUGAAUUCAUCUUAGAACGUGUAGCUUACGAGAUGCUACUAGAUCCGCUAGCAGUAAGACUAGAGAAUCUAGAUCCCACUUCCAUCGAGCUCGUGGAGAUGGUGGAGAAAGUGAAACGUGACGCUGACUACGCGGACAGAAGAACCGCUGUCGACAAGUUUAAUUCAGAGAACAGGUGGAAGAAGAAGGGUUUAAGAUGGUCUCUCCUCCGCUGGCAGCCCGUCGGUAGCCAGUACUUUGACGUGACCAUGUCAGUUUAUAACGAUGAUGGCUCUGUUUCUAUAACCCACGGCGGAAUAGAGAUGGGACAAGGUCUUAACACCAAAGCCGUUCAAAUCGCUGCAUAUUUUCUUGGUGUUCCCAUGGAGAAGAUUCAAAUCAAAGCGAAUCAUACACAUAUGACUCCAAAUAGUCUUGUGUCUGGGGGAAGUUUGACUUCGAUCAACGUUGGCAUAGGAGUUCAGAGAUGCUGUGAGCAGAUUUUAGCGCGACUAGCUCCUCUUAAAGUUGGCCUUCUGAACCCUACUUGGGAGUUCUUGGUGAAGAUGGCAUAUAAUGCUAGUAUAGAUCUUCAAGCUCACGCUUUUGUGUCAAUGCUAGAUACGCAGAAGUAUGUAGUACAUGGAGUGACGUUAGCUGAAGUGGAAGUGGACAUUCUGACAGGAGAGUGGGAGCUAUUGAGGGUUGACCUCCUGGAGGACGCGGGAAUGAGCAUUAGCCCCGGAGUAGAUGUCGGACAAAUGGAAGGCGCUUUCAUCAUGGGCCUGGGGUACUGGACGACGGAGCACAUGGUGUACGACUCCGACACGGGCGAGGUGCUCACGGACCGCCCCUGGAACUACCACGUGCCGCAGGCCAGGGACAUCCCGCAGGACUUCCGGGUGUAUUUCAAGGACAAGUCUUAUUCGGAAGUUCGGACGCUCGGUGCUAAGUCGAUCGGUGAGCCUCCCAUCUGCAUGUCGGUGGCGGUGCCGCUAGCUUUACGGGAAGCCAUCGCUGCUGCCAGGACUGACGCCGGGAAACCACUUAAUGAGUGGUUUCAGAUAGAUGGACCAUACACAAGAGAGGCUAUCCACAUGCACACUGAGACCCAUAGUAGCGAGUUCAAAUAUAAAACGGAAAGUUCCUUAUAA